AUGGAUAGCGUCAACGAAAUCAUCGAGCGCCUCGGUAACUCCGAAGAUGCGGUGCGCAAAAUGGCCGCCUUCAAGCUGCAAAGCAACAUUGCAGACCCAUCGUUCGCAGAAAUGUUUAUCCUGCAGGGAGGGAUCAUUGAACUGCGCGAGUUGGCGAUUAACGCCAACGGGAACACGCUGGCGUAUUCACUUACCAGUUUCUCAAGGUUGUUGGAGGUAGAUAAGGGGUGGGAGUAUGUUACACCAGAGUUGAUUUCGAGGAUGGUAGAUUUGAUUACUGGUCAUCCACUUAUCAACAUUCUUCGAGGCGCCAUGGCCGUCCUUGGCGCGAUUGUCGCCCACCCCCAAAUAUCCGAAGGUCGAGGGUCGAUGAUGACGGGUCUGUUUGGAUUCCAGGCACUAAAGCCUGCGAUAGCAGAGCAUCCGGAAUUUUUAGAGAUGUUGGUGGAGAGGGUGUCGAGUGCGGACCAUGCGCUGUGCGCAAAUGCACUGCAAUUGAUCAAUGCUCUGAUGAGGGACAGCAUCGCAUCGGAUAACGAAUGGCAGAAGUUUAUCAAGAAGUUACAGGACCUAGGGGUUAUCCGGACCGUUUAUUACCUCAUGCAAGGCUCGUCGUUACAGGAUCUGGCGCAUCCAUUACUCGAGUUCCAAGCACUGAUGAAGAUGCUGAUACGAAAAUGGCGGGCUGUUAAGCUGAAUUUGGAGCGGAAGGACCAUAGAACUGCCCUGAAGACCAUCCAUAUCGCUAGCGCAUCGAGUAUACGAAGCAAUCCAGAGAAGUGGAGGAGAUUAGGUUUCGAGACCGAAUCUCCUGCUUGGGAGUUUGAGCAGGCUGGGUUCUUAGGGAUGAUGGACAUGACUGAGUUCGUGAAGGAUCAUGAAGAUGAAUUCCAAAAGAUCAUCCAUGAGCAAGAGGCGAAGUCAAAGGAGGAGCGAUUCCCAUUCGCUAGAGCAAGUCUUUAUGUUACAUCUUUACUCUGCGAGCAGUUCGCUGUCGACAACUCGGAAGCGGAUGAUGCGAAAACAAUCAUGAUUCUGGAGUCUCGGGCGAGUUUCGAGAAAGCAUUCAAACCUCUGCUGCUACAAUGGUCUCGACUACACACCGCUGCUUUGUUCGCUUUCUUUAGAAUAUGGAAAGAGACCUCGGCAUUGUACAGUGACUUCGACAAAGUUUCCGAUCUCGUUCGUGUUCUAGGGUACAAAACAAUGGUGCAGGCGACAAGGACCAAAGAAAUUACAGAGGUCGAAAAGGAGUUCGCAGAGUACGACUACCAGAGACUGAGAGUCAUCCAAAUGGAGUUGCUGGAGCAGGCUUAUGGGAAUGCAUGGAGACCGCAGCUGACCUCUGUCUACGAGGAGACUGCCAAGGAAGCACAGGAGUUUAUCAAAGAGCAAAGGAUUAGAUGUCUAUUGCAAGGCAGCUGGUUUACAACGGAUCGUACGGAUGGCUCUCAUAACAAGUCGAAAGACAAGUUGGCCUAUAUUUCGUUGUUUGCGAGGCUGUCAACCGACAGGCGGUAUCUUUGCUAUGGCUAUUAUAACGCCGAUAUGGAUAUUGAGCCAAGAAUGGAGGAUUUGGUUCAUAAGAUCCCCGUAUCGUCCGUAUCGAGCGUUGUAUCGAAUGUUAUGCCGUCAGUGAGGGACAACCGCGACUCAUCAGCUACAGUGACAACUGCGACGCCUUUCAACUCUACUACGACGAAGCUAACAAUAUACGGGAGACAGCCGCCUAGCGGAAUACAGCAGAAUGGGGAUACUAACAAGGAGUAUCCAUUGAUUGUGCUACAUCCUUCGAAUCAUACUAUCGCCUCGGAAUGGCUGGACGGUCUGCUCUUCCUCAUGGGCAAGAAACCGAUCACUUCAGAGACCAGCAAUCUGAUAAACACGGUUGCAAAAUGCAGUAUGAAAGUGCGACUGUUAAGUGUGCGAUACACAGAUAUAUAUCCUGGCCCCCCGGAUAUACCUUCAAGAAAUGGAGUUGACGAUGAUUUCUUCUAUUCUUAG